AUGCGCUUACAAACGGCCGCGGAUGCGGUCAGGUGCAAGACCUUCCCGAUGUUCCUAGAAGGAAGGGCUCGGCAGUGGUUCCAGGGACUUCCCCCCAGAUCGAUCAGUUCUUUCACCCAGCUCGCGCGACUGUUCUCAGCACAGUUCGUUUCCUCACGAGCCUUCUCUAAAAGCACCGCUCACCUUCUGACCAUCCAACAAAGGGUCGAGGAAUCACUGCGUGAGUACAUGGUGCGGUUCAAUAACGAAUCCCUCCAGGUCCGCGACCGAGACGACAAGGUGGUCAUGGCUGCCUUCAUUAACGGGCUACGGAAGCAGAAGUUAUACACCGAGCUCGUGGAGAGACCGCCCAAGUCAGUUCGGGAGAUGCUGGAUCGAGCUCAUGAGAAGGCCAAUGCUGAGGAGGCCAAUCGCUUGAAGAGCGCUCAGGAGAGGCAGAGGGAUGACAAGCGCCGAAGGAUAACCGACCAAGGGGACGUGCGACGUGACCAAGGGCGGAAGAAUACCUAUGACCACCCGCCUAGAAGCCGGCCCUUAGGGGGGGACAAGCCUUGGACUUCCCUCACGGCCCCCCGAGCUCGGGUCCUUGCGGUGAUGGAGCAGGAAGGGCUUUCCCGACCUCCCCGACCCUUGGCCGGGGAUAGAGGCAGACGAGAUCAGGACCUGUACUGUGCAUAUCACAGGGAUGUGGGGCACGACACUGAGGACUGUCGUCACCUAAAGAAGGAGAUCGAAAAGCUGAUACGAAGAGGUCAUCUCGGGCAGUUCGUCCGUGACGGGCGAGCAGAUCAGAAGCCAGGGGGAUUCAAGCGAGAUCGGACGACCAGCUCGCACGACCGACCUCGAGGUCCCCGUGAUCGGACUCCGGAGCAGGGGGUUCAGAACCUAGCCGGGGUAAUCAACACCAUUGCAGGGGGACCUGCGGGGGGAGAUAGCCAUACGGCUCGGCGGAACAACCGGCCUCCCCCCAGCGGGGAGAGCUCGAACAAACGUUUAAAGAUGUACGAGGAGAUCAUCUAUGGGCCAGAGGACGCGGUACCUUUAGCCUCCAACAACCAUGAGGCGAUUGUGAUAGAAGUCAUCACGUGCAACUACAAAGUAAAGAAGGUAUACAUCGACAAUGGGAGCGCCAUCGAUGUGUUGUAUUACAAAACUUUCAAAGAGCUGCAGUUGGAGGAUAAACAGCUCAUUCCAGUUCGUACUCCUCUGAUAGGAUUUGCAGGUCCGCCCGUAAGACCAGAGGGAAUGAUAACUCUCAGGGUCACUGUGGGGGAAUCGCCGAAGUGCCGAACUAUUCCGGUGAAUUUUGCAGUGGUAAAGGAGCCGUCCUCCUACAACAUGAUACUAGGGCGUCCAACAUUAAACGCACUCUGA